AAGUCCUUCCAAGUGGUAGUUGCAGUCGUUCUACAUGCGGCCGGUGGCGGGAAUGUGAGGUGAAUUCAGAAGGGGAGGCCAUCUGUACGUGUCACAAGUACUGCAAGAGGAGGAAGAAGCCCGUCUGUGGAACGGAUGGACGCUACUACGCCAAUCAUUGUGAAUUGCACAGGGAAGCCUGCCUCACAGACACGCCCAUUGCCAUCGAUCACAAAAGACUGUGUCUCAAGAAGAGAUUUCUUGAAACGACAACUACUGAUAUUGAAACCUCGGCUGAUGAUCUCUCUACCAACACCUCCCCUACAAUUACAACCACUGCCACAGACCGCCGCACAGACGAGACUUCUUCCUGGACCAAUCUCCCACAGCCCGAACCCCGCACCAUCAGCUCGUCCAAUCCAGGUAGCACGAGCUUCCCAGUGACUACUUUGGCAGACCACGUCGACGUCGGAUCUGAACUACCUCCGCAAAGGGAAUGUAGCCAGCAGGAAUAUGAUUUCAUGAAAGAGAAUCUACUUCUAUUCAACAAUGCUAAACUGUCGGAUACUAAAAAACCAGGUAACGAGUACCUCGUCAGUAUUAUGUUCUCGCACUAUGAUCAAAACAACAAUGGACAGCUGGAGGCUGAAGAACUUUGGCAAGCAGCAGAGAAAGACCACUUAGGACAAUUAUCUUCUUCUUGCAUUCUGGCAGACAUGCUGCUCUUUGAUGACACAGAUCGAGAUGGAACGAUGACCAUCAAUGAAUUCUAUCUCGCAUUCAGUAAGUUGGACAGUGUCUCUGUAGUAUCUCUGGACAAAGCAUUGGAAGUGAAUCACGUGACUGCUAGAGUAGGCGAUAACGUAGAAAUCAAAUGUGAUGUCACCGGCACCCCGCCUCCACCUAUCGUAUGGCGAAGGAACGAUAUGGAUUUAGCGUCUCUGAAUGAAGAUGAAAUCAAAGUGUUUGUGGAUGGAUCGCUGUAUCUGACGAAUGUGCAACUGAUACAUGGCGGGAACUACACGUGCCAUGCGCAGCACAAUCGUGAUGUGGUACAAACUCAUGUACUGCACGUGCAUACCAUACCCGAGGUACAUGUCAUUCCAAAGCUGCAAUCUCGAGCUCCAGGAGAGCUUGCAGAGAUGGAAUGUCAUGUGAUAGGCGUGCCUACCCCGGCCGUCUCCUGGCUCAAGAAUGACGAGGAGCUCAAACUGAUGUCGGACAAGUACACCAUAGUUGGCAAUGGAACUGCCCUACUUGUUGGAAAGAUCACUUAUAGUGACACGGGAGCGUAUAUGUGUGUGGCCAGUAAUCCUGCUGGCAUGACGAGGGACAUCACUUCCCUCAUCGUACAAGAUCAACCAACACCAACCGCCCCAUCCGAAGAGCGCAGGUUCUUUGUAUUCCACGAUUGGGGUGUGUCCGUCUUCGACCCCGACAACUGUCGGCUAUACCACCAGAUACAGAGCACGGACGUCAUUCCCGGGACGCAGGAAUACGUGUGCGGCGACCGGGGCAUCAACUGCUCCUGGGGGCAUGCCAUCAACGUGGCUGACCGGUACGUCUACGUGACGCAGCCCACCAAGGAUCGAGUGCUCAUUAUUUCCAGGGUCCAGAUGGUCGUCGUGGACGUUGUGGUAACGGACAAAGUGCCUGUAGAUAUUCAUUAUGUUCCUCACCUGGACCAAGUAUGGAUUUUGUGCUGGAGGGGCAAACAAGAUCGUGGAACGAAGACAAUUCAAAUCAUACGAGACGCAAGCCAGAAGAAGAAACAUCAUACUGUUCACCCAGAACCCGUGGAUGGCCACUUUGAUCUAGUGAGUGGCCUUUUCAUUCCCCCCACUCAAGAUUUAGGCCAUGGAUGGAAAUACGGAUAUGUUGUCCACACUAAUCAAAGAGGAAUGUACAAGUUAGACUUACAAGCCAUGAAAUAUAUAAAGACUGUUGACCUCACACCGUACAACUGUGCUCCAAAAACAGCUGAUUUCUCCACACUAGGAGGUUUUGCUAUACUGGAAUGCAGGGAGCCCAUAACUGGCCGUCCCACUGGGCAAGUUGUACUGGAUUAUUUGACAGACACUGUAGUGGCACACAAAACGGCACUUUUUGGACGCCCUUACGUAUCCCCAGAUUCCAGGCAUGUCGUAACAUUAGAAAGAGGCAAUAACAGUGUGGUCAUAGUGGCACAGCAGAUCACUGAAAAUGGUUUAAGAUUCCUGUUCGAUGUUAAGACCACCCUUCAGAUAGGAGACAUCACCUUCUUCCCUUCUCGAACAACUCAUAAUUAUGACCUGUAUGCCAGCUCUUCCACCAAAGAGGAUAUUCUUUUUGUGAAUCUGGCUGAUGGCAAAGUGGAAAUGAUUACUGGCAUCGGCCGCUCCAUGGAUCCGGUGGUCGCAGAAUGGGGCAACACCAACCGUCCCAUUUCCAGUGCAGGGGUCUUCGGAACCUACAUGGUGACCACUGCCAAUGAAGCUAUAUUUGUUGUCAAUGGGAAAACCAGGACCGUGAACUGUGAAAUAGGAAGCACGGUCCAUCCCAGAAUGGUAGUAUGGGCAAAAGCACCUUGAAAUAAAUUGAGACUUUGGCCCGGCUCUUUGUAAAUGACCACGCCGACCGUCGGGAGACAAACCGACAACACCUUAGCCUUGCAGUACGGCUUUAAUGCACACAGAUGAAAGACAAUUAUAGUUGAAUGCCUUGAUAAUAUAUGCAAAUCUAGAUUUAUUCCCUUUAAAUAUUUUUCUUAAGUUAAAAAUCACGUUUACAUGAUGAACGAGUACAUGACAAAAUAGUUCUAAUUUUCAAUUGUGCAAAUUUGUAUCCAUUGUGUAAAUACAAAUCUUAAAUAUCUCACUGUCUUGGGAAAUUUAAAGUGAUUUCUACUUUUAGAAUAACACUAAUGAGAAAGACCCCUUCCACUAAAAUUAAAAACUAAAUUUCUCUAUUUAUCUGUAAAUUUUCAAGUUUAAGAUGUUUCAACCUACUCUUAAGCAAUGCAAAGUCCAUUUUCAGCUGCUGCCAAAGCUGCUGUGUAAAGUUAAGGUGUUGGGAAGUGCAGAAAAUGGUUCUGCGCUCAGAAAGAGCAAGUUCUCAUUCCUGUCACAUGAUUCUUUCUCUCGUCCCAUGCAAAAGAAAAACAAAAAGCACUUUGCACCUCGGCUCAUUCUGCAAUGGCAUAUGUUGUCAGCUUUGUGAAUACAUUUACAGAGAAAAUACGUGCAUCUUGAAAAUGGUGUAUACCAGCUAUUUAAGAAUUAUGCAAAUGCAUAAAAACCCUAUACUAAAUACAAAAUAUUAUUAAAUAAUUCAACUAAUUUAAAAAGUGGACUUUUGAUUCGGGGUUUAUUAGAACUGACGCUCUGCUAUUUGCUUGCAUGAGCCGAAACCACUUUUGCUACAAUGAAUGUUGCACCCAAAGCUUCUGCCAACUCUGUUAAUUAAAGCUACAUUCAAGCAGCCUAAUUCCUUUUGUUUAUUCAAAAUUAUUUACUAACAAAUCAUAGUGCUUACAUAUUAGUGAAACUACCUCAGUGCAGCUUGACGAUUAUUUGCAUAAGAAAAAAAAUUGAUGCAAUAAUUUAUUUAUAAUUGCAAUUUAUUAUAAAUUUAUUUAUUUUAGCAUUUACCUCUAUAUUCUAAAAUGUAAAAUGUUUUAUAUUUUAAUUAGGUAUUUAACAUGAAAAUUAAUUAUUACAUCUACUUAUUAGUAGACUUUUGCUUCUUUUGCUCCAAAGGGAAUUUCAAUUUUUAAAAACAGACCGAAAGAUUCUAUUUUCGUUAAUGAUUUUGUGGCAAAAUUCUUACCUUAUGUGGAAAAUUUACCACAGUUUUUUCUAUCAAAGGCAAAACCUGCAAACACAUAUUUCGAAAUUUUCGAAAUUGAUUUUUAAGAUAAAAAUAUCACAAUUUGUUAGAUAUUUUUUAAUAAUAAAAAAAAAUCUAAAUUUGUGGGUUUAUUUUAGAAACUGUUGGAACUCCAAAUGCAACAAGUAGAACACAUAUGAAGAUGGCAACAUUGUUUAUAAAAAUUAAUCAAUUAUCAGGUGCAUGGUUGCCAGAGUAAAGCAGAUUCUGAAAAUUUGAUGACUUCUCCUAAGGUAGUUGUGCUAAUGUGUAAGUACCCAAAUUAUAAUUAUUACAAAUAAAUCAAAAUUUUAUAAAAAUACAGUGUUAAAUGUUUAGCUUCUACUUUUCCUCUGAUCAUUGCCUUUGGAAUAUUUGGAUCAGAUAAGUAGGUACACAAACAAUUUAAAAAUUCGUUUACAACUGAACUAAAAUUUUAGAAGUCAUAGAAAUUAGCACUUAUUAUUAUAAAAAAUUCUAAUAACAUUUAUUGGAAAACUGGUGACCCUUUGAGCUGAAUGUAGCUUUGAGAAAUUCUCAGCAUUUUUGCACAUACUAUCCAUGUAUAAUGUCUGAUGUACAUGCAUUAUUGUUCUAAUACUUAUAAAAUCGUUGUAUAGCAUUUACCUCUAUUUUCUCAAGGAUAGAAAUAGGUUUAUUAAUAUGAAAAUAAUCAAGUAUGCAAAUUAUUUCUUGAUUAAAAAAAGGAAAAAAAAGAAAAGUAAUUUAAUCAAAGAAAUAUCCAAAGUUUCAAAAAUUCAACAAGUAUUUAUGUUUCCAUGUUUAAAAAAGCUUUAAAUUCUAAGAAUAUCUCAUGUCAUAAUUUUAUUAUUCAGUUUUGCAUAAUAUGGAUUCUGAGUAAAUAUUAUUCAAAUACCUUUUCACAAGAUUACAUAAGUAUGUUUCCAGACAAAAAAACAAUGGCUGAUACCAAUAAUCAAUAUGCUUUCAGAUGCCCGUUUAGAAAUAUGAAUUAAAGUUAAAAAAAUUUCUUCAUGGGAUUCUAAAGUUUAUUCUAAAUUGGUCUUCUUUUACAUGCAUUGCAAAUUUGCAAAAUUUCUAUGCUAGUUUAACUUGAGAAAUAUAUGUUAGAUAUUUUAAUGAAUAAAAUGAAAUUAUUUCCAAUA